GAAAUGUGAAAAUUGUGGAUUUAUACGUUUGUGCGUCUUUAUGCUAUGCAAAACAAUAUUUUGAUCGAAUUGGAAAAAUUUUCGAAUACAAUUAUCUACUUUAUCUGUUACUAUAAAACUGUGAUAAGUUUAUUAUAACUGUGUGGAAAGAGCAUAGCACGCGGUGGCCAAAGUACCUUUGACGCCGAAUAAUGGAUGCAGAGAAGUUAAUUGAGGAAACGGCGCCAAUGGAUUACAGGCUCGUUUGUCGAACGUGCCUUGCUUCGGAUGCAGAAUUUUACAAGCUUGAUUCACCGAUUUUAAUGGACGAUGAUGAUAAUCUCGAGAAGCCAGUGAGCUUUAUGGAAUGCUUGCGUUACUGUACCCGCUUGGGCGAUGGCGAUGAUAGUGAAAAGUUGCAAUUUCCAAUUUACAUAUGUACAGAAUGCAGUGCAUCGUUGCAAGUAUCUUAUAACUUCAUACGAAAUGCACUCGAAGCGCAUGAAAUAUUACGGCAAAAACUAAGUGAAUACCCAAACCUAAAGCAAAAAAACCAAAAAACGCAACGUAAGAAUGGCAUAGUAGAAGACGGUAGUGGAAAGGGAGCGGAAGAUGGUGGGGACUCGGAUGGCACUAAAAUGCGUUUUCGGUGCAAAAUUUGUCACGAGAAAGUCGAAACCAAGAAAACUUUAAAAGAACACGUAAAAUUGCAUUUAGAUAUAAUUUCUUACUGCUGUCAGUUGUGCAAGUUUGAGAGUAAGAAACGCACAUUGCUAAUUGAUCACUAUAAGUCGGCGCACAACACGCAGCCAACACGCGAACAACUGAAACCGAAAACUAAACCAAAUGAGCAAACAAUCAAGGAAGAGCAAGAACAGGAUUUCGAAGACACAAUUGCCCUGGAAAUGGAAAAGAUACACAAUUCUCAAGCAAAUGAAGAGUAUUUGCACAGCAAACAGUAUGAAGCGCAAGAUCAACAACAAGAAUUAGAUAUGCAGCUAUUUCUAACACCUGCUAGUAGUAAUGCAUCAGCGGCAGCCGCUUACGUUGAAGCAGCGGCAACAGCAACUGCUGAAGAUGUGAAUGCCGAUCCAACCAGUAUAUCGAAUUUUCCAAUGCAAGAUGAACCUAGGCCAAACAUAUCAACGGAAUUGCAGCAAUAUGGGGCAGAUCAGUUCAAUAUAGCAGCUAAUGAAUUGAGUGUCGGCAAUGAAUUUAUCGUUAUGGCGGACGGCACGGUGGAGGAAGUGAUGGGCAAUGGAGUGGUGAUCGAAUAUAUUAAUGCGGCUGAUGAUGGUGUGACAUUGGAGAAUGGACUGGUGCUGGAUAAUAUUAUGCAAGUAGAAAAUACCACAGAAGUCGAUGACCAAACAAUGAACUCUAUGGAUAUUGAUGAUAUUAUCAUUGAAGAAAGUAUGGGUAAUGAGCUGUCUGUGCCAAGCACGCCGCCUAUGUCGAUGGGCGCAGAGACUACUGUGCAAACGCUACAAAAUAUAGAAGAUGAAAUGCCGCCACCAUCGAUUAUUACGGUAGCCAAUGUUCUUACCUCUAAGCGCAUUAAGUGCAAGAUAUGUACCAGUAACUUUCACACACAAGAUCAACUCAAAAACCACAUGCUCACACAUAAUGAAAUACCCCAUUUCUUUUGCGAUCAGUGCACGUUCUAUACCUUCUUCAAAAUAGAUUUAACGCAGCAUUACAAAACCAAGCAUAAACUACAGCCUACACAAAAACAAUUGCAACCGAAAAACAAAGUCCGACCGCUCGAUCAACCUGGUGAUCUCAAACAUAUAUAUGCUUGUGAUUUGUGUCUCUUCGAAACACGCAUAAAAUCACAUUUACGUCGCCACUAUUUGAGCCAGCAUCAAGAGGAGGCAACUGAAGUGCAAUUACGUCCAACAAUCGAUGAGUCAGCCGUUUUGCCGCAUACGCAAAAUUCACCGUCAGACUCGCCGCCAAUGCAGCGUGGCAAAGCCUUACGGCCAGACUAUCCGAAAGGCUUGAAUUGCAAAAAGUGCGCAAAAACUUUUUAUUGGAGAGACAAACUCAAAGAUCACUAUAGGCAGCACAAUUUGGACGAGGGUAAUGGUAUAGACAAUUCUAUUAGCGAAGCAUUAAUACCCACUGCAGUCGAUAACACCGCGCCGGGCACAAGUUUACUGAAACACAAUACUAUGCAGUAUCACAUGCCUACGCACAAUGAAAACAAUGCAAACACUCUGCUCAACGCAAGCAUCGCUGACAGCAACUACACUACCAAUGGUGAACCCACAGUGGUGGACGCCCAAGCAAUUGUUGACGCUGCUGUGGCAGAGGCGCAAGCCGCUGCCAUGCAAAUUAACAUGCAAAUGAACGCUCCAGCGCCAGAUAUCAUUAUGGAUAUUCCAGUUGCUGCUACCAAUUCCACUAGUACAGUUACAAUGGAUGCGGCGGCUAGUGCGAGCGGUGGCAAUGGCAUUCAGCAGCAACAGUCGGUAUCUGUAAUGGCGGGCUAUGCGUGCACGCAAAUACCAUCCGAUGCCGUGCCACAAAUUGUUGAAACAGACACAACUAUAGAUAAUAGUGAAUUAGAUUUUGUUUUUAAUGAUGCGCUUUUCGAAGACUUCGAGGAAGAUGAAAAUGAAGACGAAGAGAACGAAGAGGAUGAUGGCACAGACUUUCACGACUUGCUGCUCACCAGUGACGAUGAUUUCGAUGAUAUAUUACAUGAUCAACAGCAACAGCGUGACACAUCGGUGGCGGGGGCUGAAGCUUCAAACGUCAGCAACUAUCAGCCAUAUUGCGUGCACUGCAAUAAGAAAUUCCUAAGUCAAUAUCAAUUUGAAAAUCACAUGUUUGUGCAUCGUGGUUUGGCGCCUUAUCGUUGUGAAAUGUGCACCAACUUGUACAACACAAAGCGGGCAUUAAUUCGUCACUAUCGAGCGGUGCACAAGAAAAUGCCCACAAGAGAUAUGAUUCAAGCUAAGGGUGAUAAGGUUGUUGUGGACCAUACGCCUAUUGAGCAUUUGAAUCUAAUUGAACAAAAAGCGGUCACAUUAAUGUGUGCUAAAUGCCCCUUUGAGUCGGUUGAGCUGCACGUUAUGCAGAUCCAUUUGAAUACCACGCACGGCCUUGUAGAUGAAAAUUACAUCAUGCAAAAAUUGCCCUUCGAGUGUCCCCGCUGUAUACGCUCGUAUGCAACGAGAGCGCGUCUCAUACGACAUUUAGAACGCAGUCAUUCGGUAGCGACGAUAAUACAACAGCAGCGUGCCGCAAAUAAUGCUAUGCGGAACCAACAACAACUACAACAGCAACAGCAACAUCAACAAUACCAGCCAUAUAUAGCAAUAAAAGACACAACUACCGCAACAACAAUAACAACGGCAGCAUCAUCCGCAGCCACACCCCUAGCAGUUAUAGCAUCAACGUCCACGAGUACAAGUUGUGGCCAUGGCAUAAUAACUCAUUCAUAUCGAUUCAACAACUACAACACCAACAACGACAGCAACAACAACAACAACAGUAGCAGCAGCAACAAUGAUGAUGAUGAUCACAAUACUGAUGGUGUCGAAGGCAAUAGUGCUGGUGGUGGUGGUGGUGGUGGUGGUGGUGGCAUUGAAGACAACAACAACAAUGACAUACAUAAUUCAGUCAAUGAAGUGGCAUCCAUAAUUGAAGUAUCGUCACUUUCAAAACUAAUUGCCGACAUGGAGCAUGAAGAAAAAUCGAAUAGUUAUGAUUCAAUCACGCCCACAAUGGGCAAACCUAUAAUUAGACAACGCAUAACGACACCCCAGCAUGAACAGCAACCAGCAAUAGCUGCAGCAGUAACAACAAGCACAACAGCAAGAAGAAAAAGUGCCACAAGUGCAGUUAGCAACAUAAAUACCUACGAUAUGUACCAUCAGCUAAACGAAAACAACGAACUCUUCGAUGAAUAUGCCUGUGGCAUGUGCUCACAAAGUUGGCGCACCGCUGCUGAACUGCAUGCACACGAAUGCCUACGAGUUGGCAGUGAUGACAGUGGCAGCAAGAGUGGUGCAUGGGUGGAUACAUCGGCGGCCGUAGCCGUAGCCAGUGGCGCGAGUGAUGUGAUGGGUGCCGAAAGAGUUGACUUAAUAACGUCUGAGCGUUCACUUUAUCUCUUCAAAUGUGACAUUUGCCAUUGCAAUUACAAGUCCAGUGAAUUACUGAAACAUCACAUGAAACGACAUACGGCGCGCAUAUUUCGUUGUAGUCACUGUCCGAAAACCUACAUCAAUCGCAGCGAAUUGAGGUCCCAUCAACUGUCGCACACUGGCGAGAAGCCGCACAAAUGCGAUAUGUGUCCGAAACAGUUUCGUUAUCCGCAUCAUCUGAAACGGCAUGCCGAUAUCGUGCAUUUGGGCAAACGUGCACGCUGUCCCGUGGAGAGUUGUGGGCGUGUAUUCACAACACAAGCUCAAUUGAAGAUACACUCGUGGAUACAUGACGGCAAUGAACCGUACAGAUGCAAGUACUGCAGGCAUUCAUUCAAGAAACGCGAAUCCUUACGCAAGCAUACGCGCCGCAUACAUCAGUGCGAUCUAACUGAAGAGGAAAUCGCGGAGAUCUAUCGGCAAAGUGUUGGUCACACAAAUCCCCAUGAUUUUACUGUAUCGCUUUCGAAUGGACGCAUGCUGCGACGCUCGGAUAUGGAACAGGUCGCCCAGCGACCACACAAACACAUAAACGACCUAGCAGCUGAGUCUGCAGCAGCAGCUGCUGAGGUAGCAGCCGUAAGCAUUGUUCAAACGGAUAUGAAAACCUCUACCGAACUGUCGCCGCUACUGGCAUCCAAUAAUCAUCACAAUAGCAUGAAUAUAAAACUUGAAAUGGGCGUUGAGGACGAAGAUGAGACUGCUGCUGGCUCUGUUCUGCAUGUGUCACGAAACAGUGCUUCAUUGUCCGCACACGAGGAAACACUACACACAUACAUGCUACCCGGUAUGGAGGAGCAUGCCCAGCUGCACACAUUUUAAAUUGGCAAAUUCUGGCUCAUGCCUACAAAUACACUUUACUUUAUACCAUUAUUUUUACUACACAAGAAUAACAAUGAAUUAGGUUAUCGCAUAUCACCACCACCAGCACUCGACCACCACCAUCUGCAACAUUGCUUUAGAGUAUAAGUAUUUUAAUGUAUGGAUAUUUAAUAUAUAUAAAAUAAAUUGUUUAAUUUACUGUA